UUUUGUUUGUGUACAAUGUACACAGAAAGCUAAGAGUGUCGCCAUCGAUUGGCUUUAACCUGAUAAGCUGCCGCCGCCGAAAAAAACGUCACGCUUCGUUGUCUGUGCAUCAAUAGAAAACACAACAGCCCAGGAGGACAUAAAGAGAAAUUUUUUGGGAGCAAAUUGCAUGUUUCACAACUAAAGAAUGACUGAAACGUCAAGAAAAGCUCAUCCGGAGUGUCUUCGCUAUUUUUUACUCCAAUUAAGGUUUCCCGGCUGUGCCCCAAAUUCCGAUGAUGGCCGUGAAGAUUCCUGUACAGUAGAGCACUUGAUUGAAACUUUGGUCAGCGGGGGAUACACGGCAGCUACCGCAAAGGAGACAAUACUUAACGCCCUAUGUGAUGGACUUCUUAUGCCAAUGACCCCUGCUGCUGCAUCUCCACGACCCCGGGCAGCGUUAUCCGAGGUGAAACGUGUUCGUCUACCCAAUUCACAGGAAGUUCGAGUGGACACUUCCCAUGACUGGUAUUGCUUUGAGUGCCAUUUACCAGGCGUACUGGAAUAUUGCACACAAUGCUGGCGCUCUUUUCAUCGUUUGUGUUAUCGUAAAAAUCCCGAACGCCCCAACUACACUGUACCCUCUUCUAAAAAACAGAAAAAUCGACUUCCCGCUUUUAGUUCCGACACGGAAUCAGAAACAGACACCAUAGCCCGCUGUUCCACGGCAAUGGGCUCAGAACCUGAUGUAAGAGCUAGUUCAUCCCAGCGUAUAGCGGAUCAGACGCAACAGAAGCAAAAUCUUGAUGUAGUCGAUGUGACUUGCUUAAAUCAAGCCGAACCAAAACCCCUGAUAGAUGAUUUAGAAACCAAAACUAAAGUGGAUGUUGUUUACGUGGGUGAAAUACGUCCACCGAAUAGAAGACGACCGAAUACUACGCCCUCGAAUGUUUCCUAUAAAAGUGAAGUUUCACCCAAUGACGAUGACGACCAAGAUUUGGAGUUGUGUACUUGUUGUAGACUAUUGAAACGCGCCCAUCUCAACAAUCCCCCGAACCUUCAACCGGAUGAAUUGAGCCAUUUAAUUAAUUUCACAUUUACCUACAACAGGGAAUGGCUGACCCAUGAUGUUCGGGAGUAUUUGACAUCGAAACGAUUGAAUGUCAAAGAAAUAAAUCUACUCAAUCAUUUGCUGCUAUAUUCUCCGAUAAAACGUCUGACAGAUAUCGACAUAAAAAAGCAGCGAAAUGAAUACAAUUUUCUUACAGAAUUUUACGUGGAUCUUUUGGAUAUUCAACACAACAUGGGUGUAUUUUUUGGACCCUACAGCACCGAACUGGAAUCGACAAAAUGGUUACUACGUGACGUAGCCCAUGAUUUGUCCGAAAUAAGACGUUGUCCCGAUUGUUUCCGUUAUUCACAUGAAAAGGAUUCCGUUAUUUGGUUUGCCAAACCCUGUGUUCAACGCCACGAGCUGGUCUAUGCAAAGCACAGUGGCUUCCCCUACUGGCCGGCCAAGGUAAUACGGGUAUUGCCGAAUAAUAAGUUCGACGUUCGGUUUUUUGGUGGUACGCACUCAAGAGCUCUCAUUGAUGUGCGUCACAUCAAACCCAUAGAUUCGGAUGUAAAAUCUCUCAAAUUGGGCAACAGUCCCGCAAUCAAGAAAGCCAUGGAAGAGUUAAGAUACCAUCAGUUGCUGUCCACAUAUCCCCCAAGUUUAUUUAGCUUCCACGCAAACCCCUUAGAAACGGAGAAGGUGAUUCGAACUGUACUCGGAAGUAAUCCAACUGCAGCUAUAUUUCAAGAAAAACGCCCGGGAAAGCGCAGGAAAUCCGCAAUGAUUAGCAGCAGUGUAGAGGAUGAUUUUGCCCCCAUUGUAAAUAAUACAUCACAGUAUACUGGAUCAUCGGUUAGCUCUUCAAGGGCUCUGAGCAACAGCCAAUCCAGCAUUGUAUGCCCCGAAUUAACCGUAUCGGUGAAACGUCUGAAGGUUCAUCAGUAUCCUCCAUUUAAACAGACGAACAAAAAUAGUAGUAGCAGUGAAAAAAGAUCGACCAGAAAGUCAAAGAAAAAGGAUACUUCAAAUGACCCAGCAGAGGUGCUGGACACAAUGCUCAAGGAAAUGGAUGAAGCCCGCAAAGUAAUCAAUGAAUAUAAACAGAAAAUUGAUAAGCUCGAAGCCCAGAAACAAAAGCUAAAGGAAACAAUAAAAAAGCAGGAACUUGAGCGCAAAAUACUCAAACGGAAGCAAUGGUGUUAUUGGUGCUUGGAAGAGGCCAUAUAUUUAUGUUGUUUCCGUGCCGCCUAUUGUUCUGAAAUAUGUCAAACACGACACUGGAAGGAUGGACAUAGUAAAGUUUGUAAAAAUCCUACCAAUGGAUCCAAUAGCAAUCCAUAAUGCUCUGAUUUUCUCAAACAGUUAUUUUUUUUUCUACUUUCCCUAGUUUAUAGUAUAAUCAUGAUAUUUUAAUAUAAUGUUGAAUUUUUUGUUUAAGAAAAGUGCAACAAGUAGUUACGAAGAAAAGGACAUAUAAAGUAAGAAUUGUGGGUAAUUUUGAAUUGAAUUCAAGUGUAUUCACAGCAAAUACCACACAUUGUGUUGAAAUGAAUUUAGAAAUUUAUGAAGUAUAUACUAUAAGAAAUAUUGCAUAGUUUUCUACAUAACAUUAAAGGGAAGUAUAGUGUAUUAUAGACUAUACACUAUGUAGCUAAUAUUUGAUAUGCAAUUAGUAGAAAUAGCCAGAACAAGUGUAAUCAAUUUAAAAAUAAAAUUUAUUACAAAACUUAAA